AUGCAUGGUAGAAGAUCCUUGCAUCCAAGGCUAGAAAAUCUUUUCAUUAUUUCAUUCAAAAAUAAAAAUCCGAAAGAAAAAUUAAUUUUGAUGGAUCCUGAAGGAACUACAGGUCAAACUGAGAACAAUCCUAUGGCCAUGAAAAAUCAUUAUAUCCCUGAUUCAUUUCAAAUAGCAUCUAAUAUUAGAGUCCCAUUAGCACCCACUGUUAAAUUCGAAAUAAAUCCAGGAAUUUUUCAAAUGCUCCUUAAUUUUCAUGGAUUGCCUUUAGAGGAACCUCAUCAUCACUUAGAAAAAUUUCAUAUGGUCUGUGAUUUAGUUAAUCUCCCUCAAGUUACACUGGAAAUUAUUAAGAUGAAAUUAUUCCCGCAUACACUUAGGGACAAAGCUAGUCAUUGGCUAUCCACAUUAGAUAGAGAAUUAACUAGCUGGAAAGAUAUAGAAUAGGCCUUUCUUCGAAAAUUUUAUCCCUUAGGAAAAACUCAAAAUAUGAGAAAACAUAUAUGGAGUUUUUCUCAAAGACCAGGAGAAACUUUGCAUGAGACAUGGGAAAAAUUCAAGGAUUUACUUAGAAAGUGUCCUCAUCAUGCUAUACCCAAGUGGCAGCUCUAUAGAAUUUUUUAUGAUGGAUUAUUAGAACAACAUAGAAAUAUGGUUGAUUCUAUAUGUGGAGGAGCUUUUAUGGAGAAAACUCUUGAUGAAAUUUACAAUCUUUAUGAGAAUUUAAGUGAAAAUUCUAGAGAUCAAGCCUCUUUUGAAUUAUAUGAUAGGGAUAAGAAGAGAAGAAUUUAUGAAUUGCAUCAUGAUGAUGAUUCUAAACUUAGAAAUGAGGUUAAUCAGAUUAAUCAAAGAUUAGAAAAAAUUGAUUUACUUAUUGAUAAUAUUAGAAAGCUUUUUAACCCUCAACUUAAUUCGAAUAGUACAUGUCCUAUGUAUGGUGAAAAUAAUUAUUCUGAAUUUCAAUGUUAUAAUUUAGAUCAAUCAUUUCACCCUACGCAAGAACAAGUGUAAGUAGCUCACAGUUUUAAUAGAAAUAAGGAACAUUUUUCAAAUUCUUAUAAUCCUAAUUGGAGGAAUAAUUUUUCAUGGAGAGACCCAAAUAAUAUUCAAAAUCCAGAAGCACUUAGACCCAAUUCAAACUCUGAAUUUCGUCCAAAACAAGAAAAUAGAUUUCAGAAAAAUCAGCCCUCUCAAACCCAACCUGAUGCUAUGGAAAUGAUGCAGCAAAUGAGCCAAAUGAUGCAACAAACUAUGAAUCAAAUGAUGCAACAAAUGAUGCAGCACCAGAAACAAAUUAUAGAGGCUCUUGAGAAUAAGAGAAAAGAGGGACAGCUACCUAGUCAGCCCAUAGAAAAUUCAGAAAACUGUCCAACAGUAAGAUUUCAGCAAGAAGAGUCUAGCUGGAUAAAUUUAGAAAAAAACCCACGAAAUGAAAAUGUUAGGACAGUGAAUAUAUUGAGUGAGAAUAUUUUACCUGAACCUUAUUUCCAAUUAUUAGAAGAAAUUGAUGAUCCAUUAGAAGUAAAUGAGAAUAUUAAGGCCAAAAAUGUAGUAGCAGAAAGUUUGAAUAAAAUCAUUUAUUGCUCACAAUUGAUGAAUGAAUAUAGUGAGGAUGAUGAGGAGAAAGAACCCUUAGAUGAAGAAACAGCAACUGAUCAUAGAAAAAUCAUCCAAAUUUUAGUAGAAGGGAGUAAGGACAGAAAUGAAGAAAAAUAUAUUUUAGGUGAGGAAAAAUCAAUUGAUUUGGGAGAUGUAGGAGAUGAAAUUAAUGAAUCUAAUCAUAAUUUUGCAGCCAUGGAUGUUGAUUGUGAGGAUGAUGAUGUAUAUCAUAUACCAAAAUUAAAAGAUAGCUCUUGGGAAGAUGAAGAAUUUGAUGAGUUGAGAAACGAAAAGCUAGAAAAAGAAUUGAUUCAACUAAUGGGAACAAGCGAAAAUAAUAGAUGUGAAUAUAGAGAUAAUUUUGGAGGAGAAAAUUUGAAUUUUACUGAAUUCAUUAGAUCUGAGAUUAAAGAAGACAAUCCUUCCAUCCUUCAAAACCCACAGCCCAUUAGAAUUAUUUCUAAGCUUGAAAUAUUUCACUCCUCGCAAAUUGAAUAAAUAUGUAUGGAAGAUAAAAUGGAGUAGGGGAAGAUUAUGUAGAUAAAAGAAGACAUUAAGAAAUGGGUGAGUGGAAGAAUUAGAGAUACCAAUUUAGAUGAAAAAAAUUUAGAUUGGGCAAGAGCUAAUCUGAAAAUUAUAUGGCCUGAUCGCAUUUUAUGGUUUAUUAAUAGAAAGUAUUUAUUAAUGAAUGAGAGCCUAACAAAACAAGAUAGAAAUAAGGAAAGAUUCUUUUCAAAAUGGAAAUAUUAUUUUUGGAAAAAAAAAUUUAAUUUCCAUUUUGUUUUGGCUGAAAGUAUGUCAAGGUAUAUAUAUAUGAAGUAUAUGAAUUUAUGCUAAAUCUGAAAAAGAAUAUCAUGAAACUUACCUUGGGAUACAAAUAUAUUUUGAUGGCCAUUGAUCAUCUUAUAUGAUGUAAGAGCUGUCCAGCUGGAGACAUUAAAUUCAGCACUGCAUGGGAGGCAACCCAUGGUUUUUAUUUCAUUCUGUUUGAUUUUUUUUAAGCUCUGCUUUUCUUAGAAUUUUGCAGUACUUGUUUCUGUAUUUGUUUUUCUUUCGAAAAAAUGCAGGAGGAGUGUAAGAUGAAGUGGAAAAUUAAAAACGAGGUUGAGGUGAUGUCUUUCAGAGCUUCAUCAUUUAUGAAAAUAUUUUUAAUGCUUAACUUUGUAGAUAUACAUGCUUCACUUGAAAAUUAUAUUUUCUGCAUAUUCUGUUUCGAGUUUUCUGUGUCAUUGAGGACAAUGUCAUUUUUAAGUUGGGGGGUGAAGUAUUCAUUAUUAAUUUAUGCUGUAGGACGAUUAAGAACAUGUGUUUGCAGUUUAUUCAACUUAGAACAGCAACUAAAAAAAUAAAAAUAAAAUAAAAUUCGGAAAAAUUGCAACAUCUAUUUUCUGGUUUUCUGUCAGAAACAACAGACUGUCAAAAACAGCAGACAAAAAACAGCCCGAAAUUUAAAAUUCUAGAAGACCCUUUUCUCACAUUUCAAUCCCUUAGACAUAUAUUACUGAAAUUCGAAAUUACAGCUAUAAAGAAGAUAGUUUUGAUUUAUUUUUGACAAAUUUAUUGCUGCUAAAAAUAGAACUGAAAAUAGAAAACAGAAUUGUCAGAACUAUCUAAUUUACAAAUUCCUUACAUCAUAUUACAUGCAUGAAAAAUUAAAUCAAUUAGAUUGAUUGAUAUCAAAAGAUACUAGGAAGAUUAUUAUUGAGUCAAAAGAAUGAUCUAGUAGCAUAAAAUGUUGGAAUACUCCUUGGAUACAUGAUAGAUAACAUGGAUUUGAUUUUGUAGAUUUUCACUUCAUGAUCUUGAUGGAUAGUAUUUACUUGAUGUGAAAAUUUUAUUGAUCAUUUGAGUUUAAUGGAGAUUUUUGCACUCUGAUCUAUAGGACUUGUGAGGAGAAAUCACUUAUUUCGAAAAAAAAAAAAAGAGAGAGCAAUGUGAAAAAUCUAAAAACGAAGAGUACACAUGGAGGGUGUGAGACAUCAUUCUCAUUGUCGAAAAUCGUGCAUAGAAAAACACUUGCUGAAAAAUAAGUGGAUAAAGUGAAAGCCUUGAAAAUGAAGAGUACACAUGGAGGGUGUGAGACAUCAUUCUUGUUGUCGAAAUUUGUCUACAGGAAAAGCUACUUAUCCAUUAUUUAUAAAAAAAAAAAAAGGAAGAAAUAUAGUGCAAACUUCAAAAAUCAAGUCAUAGAAAAAGGGAAAUCUAAGAUCAAUAUUAUUCUUGGAUGAGUAUUGAUAAUUGGAACAUCUUGUAAAUACAUCUAUGAGUGAAGAAGUGAUAAAGAUGUGAAUAGAAGAAGUGAAGUCUAGAUUGUUAUUCCAAGGAGUGUUUAAACAUUUAAGUGCUUGGCAUCAUUCUUAAAUACUUGAUAUAAGAAUCCAAAGUGUUUAAUGGUGCAUCAUUUUUAAUUAUAUUUUUUUCUGUAUUGAAAUAUGAUGUUUGAGAUUUGUAAAUUUUUAUUUUCAUAAUUUCAUUGCUAAGGGACUAGCAAUGAUUUAAGUUGGGGGGUGUGAUAAGUCUUCAUUAUCAUGAGUUAAUAAUUAGUAAAUAAUAUAGUUUUAGCCUUAACUCAUGAUAAAUAGACUUAUAUUUGUGUUAAAGAAUGAUUUUUGGUUUUCAAUUGAUUAACGUGAAUUUUUGGGUAAUUAUGUGAUUUUAUACGAUUUUUACAGUCUUACUUUUGAGAUAAAUGAAGAAGAAGAAAUAAAAAUAAAAAAAUUGCAAAAAUGGGGGGACCCGCCGGCUAGCCGUGCCCGCAAGCGGGUCGGAACCGCAGUCGAGGAGUAAGCUGCGAGCAGGGGCUCGAGCGGCUUAGCUUGGGGACCGACAGGGCACGCGUACGCCACACCCCCGUUCCAUGUCAACAGUGGCCAGCCGGCUGUGGGGCAAGGAGUGGUCAUACACACGAGAGAAGGGACUUUGCUAAAAAAGCUAACAUUACUAUAUAUUCACCCGAAAAAUCGGCGUACAACCGAUGUGGGACUAAACACCCGUUACACCUUCCUCAGAAGAGGCGGGUGACCGGCGCAAGUUCAAAUCCUUCUAGAGUCAAAAUUCAUAUAUUUUUAUUUGAUUAUCAUGACUUUCCUGCAGAUCGCCGGUGAAGGAUUAAGCAAUGAGAAUCGCUGGAUCAUUGACAAAAAUCUCGUCAACCCAAUUCGCGGAGCAUUGCUACUAAAAUUGCUGAAUGAUUCGCGAUAAAAGGAUCACAAAUCCAUCGAGUAAAUCAUCUUCAAUUGAUCGACGAACAAGUCGCCGUCGGGAAGAGGACGAUCCGCCGGGAGACCAGUCGCCACCUCCUGAGAGCGUACCAGAUAUGAUGAAGAGCCUCCUCUUGCUGCGUGGACCUAAGGAUGAAGCUCCCUAACACGUGCCCCACCUCCAUCCAGCACCUCUCUGUCGGGUGACAGCUGCCGGAGAGCCGCAAAGUCGUCAUUUUUCCGCUCCGCCGGGUGACAGCCACCGGAGACGAUUCGACGACCCACUUCAUUGAUCUCUAGACUUCGCGAGAAGAUCUAGAGAUUGCCCACGUCGUCUUUGUCCAAGGAGAGCCUUCGAGGCCAUGGACACUGCACGACGAUCCUCUCGAAUGCUUAGGAUUCCGGUGCAUCGCCGACGCAUCGCCGUCACGACGUCGGAACUCUAUUUUCCUGCCUUCAAUUUAAUUUACACUUCAUUUAGUGAUACUUUAUUGAUUUUAAUUUACCAAACUAUACUUCGUCCAAUUACGAUUCUUCCGGCUUCUACAGAUCUUAAUUUGAUUAAUUGAGUCGUCUGUAAUCGCCUACGUAAGAAUCGUCGGGCGGAACUUUGUUUCCACCUAGUUCGCGUUCGCCUGGCGCUGACGUCAUCCUAAUGUCCGCACCCUUAUUUCCUUUUUUUGUGAAUUUUAAAUAUAUUUCCUUUUUAUUUCCUAGUAUAAAAUUCGUAAGAAAAUCGUAUUCAUUGAGAAAAAUUCUGAAUAAUUACCAAAUAUUAUAUUACAUCCUUAUGAUCGACUUGGAAAAUUACCGCUAUUUUUGGAAUUUGUAUUGAAUUAUAAUUGAUAUAUUUAUUUAGAAAUACUUCUAAAUAUCUGAAAAUUCGUAUUUUCUAGUUUUAUAAAUUUUAUAUUUGUGUGAUUUAAUAUACAACGACUAAGUCACGUCAAAUUUUGUUGAUAAGUCUUCAUUAUCAUGAGUUAAUAAUUAGUAAAUAAUAUAGUUUUAGCCUUAACUCAUGAUAAAUAGACUUAUAUUUGUGUUAAAGAAUGACUUUUGGUUUUCAAUUGAUUAACGUGAAAUUUUGAGUAAUUAUGUGAUUUUAUACGAUUUUUACAGUCUUACUUUUGAGAUAAAUGAAGAAGAAGAAAUAAAAAUAAAAAAAUUGCAAAAAUGGGGAGAAUCAUCGGCCAGCCGGGCCAGCAAGCGGGUCGGAAGGGCAGUCAGGGAGUAAGCCGCGAGCAGGGGCUCGAGUGGCUUGGCUUGUGGACCGACAGGGCACGCGUACGCCACACCCCCAUUCCACGUCACUGGUGGCCAGCCGGCUGUGGGGCAAGGAGUGGUCAUACAUGCGAGAGAAGAGGCUUUCUUGACAAACCUAACAUUACUAUAUAUUCGCCUGAAAAAUCGGCGUACAACUGAUGUGGGACUUAACCCCCGUCACACCUUCCUCAGAAGAGGCGGGCGACCGGCGUGGGUUCGAAUCCUCCCAAAGUCAAAAUUCAUAUAUUUUUAUCUAAUUAUCGUGACUUUCUUGCAGAUCGCCUGAUAAGUCUUCAUUAUCAUGAGUUAAUAAUUAGUAAAUAAUAUAGUUUUAGCCUUAACUCAUGAUAAAUAGACUUAUAUUUGUGUUAAAGCAUGAAAAGUGGUUUUCAGUUGACUAACGUGAAUUUUUGGGUAAUUAUGUGAUUUUAUACGAUUUUUACAGUCUUAGUUUUGAGAUAAACGAAGAACAAGAAAUAAAAAUAAAAAUAUUGCAAAAUGGGGAGAUCCGCCGGCCAGCCGGGCCCGCAAGCGGGUCGGAAGCGCAGUCGGGGAGUAGCCGCGAGCAGGGGCUCGAGCGGCUUGCUUGGAUCAAUAGGGGCACGUGUGCGCCACUCCCCUUCCACGUCACCGGUGGUCAGCCGGCUGUGGGGCAAGGAGUGGUCGCACACGCGAGAGGACUUCGCCUAGAAAGCUAACUUUACUAUAUAUUUGCCCGAAUAAUCCGCGCACAACCGAUGUGGGACUAAACCUUCAGGGGCGGGCGACCGCCGCAGGUUCGAAUCCUCCCAGAGUCAAAAUUCAUAUAUUUUUAACUGAUUAUCGCGACUUUCCUGCAGAUCGCCGGUGAAGGAUUAAGCAACCGGAAUCGCUGGAUCAUCGGCGAAAAUCUCGUCAACGCGAUUCGCGGAGCAGUGCUACUAAAAUUUCUGAACGAUUCGCGAUAAAAGGAUCGCAAUCCAUCGAGUAAAUCAUCUCCGAUUGAUCGACGAACAAGCCGUCGUCGGGAAGAGGACGAUCCGCCGGGAGACCAGUCGCCACCUCCUGAGAGCGUACCAGAUGCGAUGAAGAGCCUCCUCUUGCUGCGCGGACCUGAGGAUGAAGCUCCCUAACACGCGCCCCACCUCCAUCUAGCUCCUCUCCCUCGGGUGACAGCCGCCGGAGAGCCGCAAAGUCGCCGUUUUUCCGCUCCGCCGGGUGACAGCCGCCGGAGACGAUUCGAUGACCCACUUCAUUGGUCUCUAGACUUCGCGAGAAGAUCUAGAGAUUGCCCACGUCGUCUUUGUCCAAGGAGAGCCUUCGAGGCCGUGGACACUGCACGACGCCCCUCCCGAACGCUCAGGAUUCCGGUGCAUCGCCGACGCGUCGCCGUCGCGACGCCGGAACUCUGUUUUCCUGCUUUAUCUAGAGAUUGCCCACGUCGUCUUUGUCCAAGGAGAGCCUUUGAGGCCGUGGACACUGCACGACGACCCUCCCGAACGCUCAGGAUUCCGGUGCAUCGCCGACGCGUCGCCGUCGCGACGCCGGAACUCUGUUUUCCUUCUUUAUCUAGAGAUUGCCCACGUCGUCUUUGUCCAAGGAGAGCCUUCGAGGCCGUGGACACUGCACGACGAUCCUCCCGAACGCUCAGGAUUCCGGUGCAUCGCCGACGCAUCGCCGUCGCGACGCUGGAACUCUAUUUUCCUGCUUUCAAUUUACUUUACGCUUCAUUUAGUGAUAAUUUUUGUGUUUUUAAGUUACCAAAAUAUACUUUGUUCAAUUACGAUUCUUCUGACUUUUACAGAUCUUAAUUUGAUUAAUUAAAUCGUCUGUAAUCGUUUACGCAAGAAUCGCCGGGCGGAACUCUAUUUCCGCCCGAUUCGCGUUUGCCGGGCGCUGACGUCAUCUUGACGUCCGCAUCCUUAUUUCCUUUUUUUUUCGUGAAUUUUAAAUAUAUUUCCUUCUUAUUUCCUAGUAUAAAAUUCAUAGAAAAUUGUAUUCAUUGAGAAAAAUUCUGAAUAAUUACCAGAUAUUAUAUUACAUCCCUGUGAUCGACUUGGAAAAUUACCGCUAUUUUUGGAAUUUUUAUUGAAUUAUAAUUGAUAUAUUUAUUUAGAAAUACUUCUAAAUAUCCGAAAAUUCGUAUUUUCUAGUUUUAUAAAUUUUAUAUUUGCGUGAUUUAAUAUACAACGACUGAGUCACGUCAAAUUUUGGCACCGUUGCCGGGGAUGUAUUGCAUAAUAUUUAGUAUUUUUCUGUUUUUCUCUUAGAGUACAAAAAAAAAAAAGAACUUAACUCUUAUUUUAUUUUCUUUUUGCCAAUUUUUAUUAGAAAAAGGGAACGAAAAGAAGCACGGCAAGGACUGGAGCAUCCUGAAGGAGGGUAACAGUUACUAACUUUUUCCCUCGAAUUUAUUGAUUUUUAUGCAUGGUAGAAGAUCCUUGCAUCCAAGGCUAGAAAAUCCUUUUAUUAUUUCAUUCAAAAAUAAAAAUCCGAAAGAAAAAUUAAUUUUGAUGGAUCCUGAAGGAAGUACAGGUCAAACUGAGAACAAUCCUAUGGCCAUGAAAAAUCAUUAUAUCCCUGAUUCAUUUCAAAGAGCAUCUAAUAUUAGAGUCCCAUUAGCACCCACUGUUAAAUUCGAAAUAAAUCCAAGAAUUUUUCAAAUGCUCCCUAAUUUUCAUGGAUUGGCUUUAGAGGAACCUCAUCAGCACUUAGAAAAAUUUCAUAUGGUCUGUGAUUUAGUUAAUCUCCCUCAAGUUACACCGGAAAUUAUUAAGAUGAAAUUAUUCCCUCAUACACUUAGGGACAAAGCUAGUCAUUAGCUAUCCACAUUAGAUAGAGAAUUAACUAGCUGGAAAGAUAUAGAACAGGCCUUUCUUCGAAAAUUUUAUCCCUUAGGAAAAACUCAAAAUAUGAGAAAACAUAUAUGGAGUUUUUCUCAAAGACUAGGAGAAACUUUGCAUGAGACAUGGGAAAAAUUCAAAGAUUUACUUAGAAAGUGUCCUCAUCAUGCUAUACCCAAGUGGCAGCUCAAUAGAAUUUUUUAUGAUGGAUUAUUAGAACAACAUAGAAAUAUGAUUGAUUCUAUAUGUGGAGGAGCUUUUAUGGAGAAAACUCUUGAUGAGAUUUACAAUCUUUAUGAGAAUUUAAGUGAAAAUUCUAGAGAUCAAGCCUCUUUUGAAUUAUAUGACAGGGAUAAGAAGAGAGGAAUUUAUGAAUUGCAUCAUGAUGAUGAUUCUAAACUUAGAAAUGAGGUUAAUCAGAUUAAUCAAAGAUUAGAAAAAAAUGAUUUACUUAUUGAUAAUAUUAGAAAGCCUUUUAACCCUCAACUUAAUUCGAAUAGUACAUGUCCUAUGUAUGGUGAAAAUGAUUAUUCUGAACUUCAAUGUUAUAAUUUAGAUCAAUCAUUUCACCCUAUGCAAGAACAAGUGCAAGUAGCUCACGGUUUUAAUAGAAAUAGGGAAAAUUUUUCAAAUUCUUAUAAUCCUAAUUAG